AUCUCUGUCAUCCUCUACCGCUAUAAAUGAUGGCUUAGCCAGGGAACAGUUUCGGUUGUAUUUACUCAUUGAUGCUCUUUGGUGAAGAUUGUGAUAGACAUAAUAAAUACAAAUCAAAUGCCAACUUUUAAGAUGAAAACGAAGUCAUCAGGAGACUUUACAUGAGAAAGUAACGGUCUCCAUGUCUGUAAAAAAUCGAGCAAGAUAUCCAAGAACUCGCUCACUCACACGAGAAAUUUGCAACACGAAGCAGAACUUGACACACGUACUCCUAACCCGCAGGAUGAUUCUUUUUGUAAUAAAGCUGAUGAAAGAACCAACUGUUGUCAAAUGGUAGAUGGAGACAAUAUUCAGUUUCAAAAGCACAUAUCACCUUCAAGCGCGAUGGGUCAUACAGAAACUUGCUCCUCAACAAUAGAAACAAUCUUUUCACCGAUAUUGGAUGCAAUCGACACUGAACCAAAUAUCUACGACUACGGAGGUAAACAAUGGAGGGAAAGUGAUCUUGUGCUGCCAUCAUGUGGAGAUGAUGAUGUUAAUGACACUUUACGAAUGUCGUGUGAAUAUUCAGAUUUGUUCAUCCCCGACAUGAUUGUUUCCAGCUCACGUUUACUCGAUUACGAAUACGAUGAAUCAAGCAGAUUUUUCGGGGAUGAGUGUUUGUUACUUCCCUUUCUAGAAGAUAACAUUCAGACAGAAAAUCGUUAUGUAGAUGGUAGCGUUUAUUCUGAACCUGUAAUGGUUUCCGAAGAUUCAAACUUAUAUGUUGCCAUCCAUCAAAUGAUCACCCUAGGUCUUGUUAUUUUGUAUUUGAAAUUGUUACGGAAUAUGUAUAUGUAG